AUGAAUGCAAUCGAUGGCCCAGAGAAUACAUCAGAAGAAAAAGAACGAUCUAUAGUGGAGACGCUCUCCGACGCUCGAGACGCCCUCCGCAAAGCGCAGCGCGAAGCUGCCAAGAUUCAAGCCGAGCUCGCCACCACUGCCCUCCAGCUACAAGACGCCAACUCUAACACCACACUCAAUCUCAAAACAAUGCAAGUUCGGGUCACGGGGUUUCUUGAUAAACGAAAGGCGCAAGCAGCGAAGACAAUUGAAGCAAUUAAAUGGGGUUUUUACAAGAGAGACAUUUGCAACAAGCUAAUUACAGAUAUCGCUCUGCUCAUGAACGAUCUGGAGCGCCAAGUCACGAGCGAUACCAGGAUCUUAUACAUUGCGCAAACACAUCCUUCAAUCAUGUAUAACGCGGAACGUGAUGGCAUUUAA